GAUUUUGUCUAUGGUCAUAAAUGUGUGUUUGGCUUGGAGGUGGCGGUUGUAUAUCCAUUUAAUUAAAAAAUAUUUUCGUGAAUAAAAAACUAAAAUUUGUUAGCUAAGAUGCCUGUACGAAGAAUGGAGGAGUUUGAAAUCGAUAGAAAGCCUACAAGAAAACCAGCAAAACAAAAGUUCUAUGAGUUUCUUUACAACCAAGAGACUGGUGCUAUAUUGGGAAGAACUCCAGAAAGUUGGGGUAAGAUCCUGAUCUUCUACGCGAUAUUCUACAUCGUGCUGGCGUCACUAUUCGCGAUAUGCCUGGUGACGUUCCUCCAGCACUUCAUCAACCCGCGAGUGCCUCGUCUGCAGCUGGACGGCGGGCUGAUCGGCACCAGCCCCGGCCUGGGCUUCCGUCCCCUGCCGCCAGAUGAACGCAGCACUCUCAUCUGGUACAAGGGCACCGGGUACGAGAGCUACAAGUAUUGGGAGGAUGAGCUCAAGGAAUUCCUCAAAGUGUACAAGCAGAAAGGUCAGACAGCGGGCGCGGGCCAGAACAUCUUCAAUUGCAACUUCAAGAGCCCGCCGCCGCCGGGCAAGGUCUGCGACGUGGACAUCCGCAGCUGGGAGCCCUGCAUCGAGGAGAACCACUUCUCCUUCCACAAGUCCUCGCCCUGCAUAUUCCUUAAGCUGAAUAGGAUCUACGGCUGGCGGCCCGAGUUCUACAACGAUGUGAAUCACCUGCCUAGUGAUAUGCCGCACGACUUGCAGGCACACAUCAGGAACAUGACUGACUAUAAUCCUGAUUAUGUGAACAUGGUGUGGGUGUCGUGCCAGGGCGAGACGCCGGCGGACAAGGAGAACAUCGGCCUCAUCCGGUACCUGCCGCACCCCGGCUUCCCCGGAUACUUCUACCCCUACAACAACGCCGAGGGGUACCUCAGCCCGCUGGUGGCGGUGCACCUGGUGCGGCCCAAGACUGGUAUCCUGAUCAACAUAGAGUGCCGUGCGUGGGCGCAGAACAUCAAGUACAGUAGAAAGGACCGCAUCGGAGUGGUGCACUUCGAGCUCAUGAUAGAGUAGACCAGACCAGACCAGACCAGACUAGACCGGAGAAGACCAGGGAAGCCUCACUGCCAUAUUCACAUACCUCAUUCUAUACUAUAUUGUCUCUCAGUGCAUCCAAUAUAUCAAUAGGGGAUGAGUUGGUUAAGAAAUGUUGACUCGAGUUGGUGGCCGGAUGGGUGACCGACUUUGGAUGUCUUUUCCUCCGGACUUCGGAGAGCAAGUGGAGUAAGUUUUGGUCAUUAUCAUUUAAUACCUGAUAAUAGUUUUAGUUUUUUUUUAUUACUUUAAAGUAAUAGUUGAUGCAAGCAUGCAUUCCACUUGAUGAUUAGUGAAAAUCCCAUGACCUGAGUUGGAAGAGCUACACACUAUGUUUGGUCCUCAGACCAAUUACCUUCUAUAGGACCUCUGUCAAAACUAUAUGAUCAUGAUCAAACGUGUUCAUACUAACUGCAUCUAUAGAAUAUACAUGCAGUUUGUAUGAAUGUUGUCAAAAACGAUGUUUCAUUGUGUUAAAAUUACACAUGUGUGUAUUAUGAUUUAAAAUUUAUAUUUCUGUGUGUAGUGUAAGGACACAGGAUAUAUUUAUUGGUGUUAAAUAUUUUCGAUGUGUGAGUUUACCUCGUCCCCCUCAAAAAAUGACAAACAAUUUUGGUGGUGAAUUUAAAUGCAAUACAAGUCCAAUAGAAGGUAAUUGCUCUGAGGUUUGGUCGCCCUGUGAGACAUCAUAGUAAAGUUAGUAAAUAUGUGUGUGCCAGUGUUGUUGACUCCUGACAUGGUCAUAUUGGUCACAUUGGUCACAUUGGUCAUACUGGUCAUAUUGGUCGAGUGCCGUUAGAGAUAAUUUUGUAAAUGAGUGUACUUUGUAUGGAGGAAAUGUUUCUUUUGAAUGUAUAGAAUGAAUAGUACAGUGCGCGCCACGGAAGUAAGAAUUAUUUUACAAAUAUAUUUUAAUAACUUACGUGUUUUUGUAUGGUGAUUGUUGACAUAUCAAGCAUAUUAUGGUCGCUUUUGUGGGUGUUUUUUUUUUAUAGUAAUAAUCUUUGUAUCAAGGAAAUGGCAUACCGUCGCCUAUAAAUAGAGGAAUAAUUCAUAGAUAUGUAAGGACAUAAUAUAUCCUUACAAAACCUUUUUUUUUCAGUGGGGAAAUCUUCAUGGAUACCUUAUAUAAGAAUGUCUUAUUGCCAUCAGGCGACGAGUCGGAACACCGUGGGUUUUUGUUCGGUUGAAGUCUGUCCAGCGCCCCUAGACAAGUGGCACGUGGAUUCUCUUUCUACGAUCGCUAACGCUUCGAAAACUAGAAAAAUAUAUGGGAAUGACAAAUCUUGAUCACGUGACCUGUCGAUAGCAAAUGUCAUUCCCAUAAAUUUUUCUAGUUUUCGAAGCGUUGGCGAUCGUAGAAAGAGAAUCGACGUGCUAGUUGGCUAGGGGGGCUGUCCUGUAAUGCGUUUCUCGACCAAAGGCGUAGAUAUUGAAUCUCAUAUCAUUAACGCCUAAAGCAGCAAUGCUUGGCGGCAAUAAUAGAAAGUAUUACCACCAGAUAGUACUUUCGCGACUUAAUAAGUAACAGAAAGCCUAAUAAAAUGUGAAGAAUCUUCCAUGUAGUCUCAACCUUCGUGGCGCGAAUCGUAUGAAUGAAAUAAAUAGCUGCCAUUCCAAACACCAAAGGCAUUUGGGAAGUAUGUAUGCAUUUUAUAGAAAUACAUUAUACUUUUAUUCAAUUUAUAAUAUUAUAAAAGAUUAUGUAGUAAAAAGUCCGGCCGCUCAGAUAUUGCGUUUCUGACACCUCAAUAUCACCUUUAAUUAUUUGUUAAUUAAUUAAUUGUUAGUAGUUUUAGCUCAAAAUGAAUAAGUUUAUUGUAAGUAUUCAAUUUUUAAUGUCAUUACUCGUUAUUAAGGCUAAUAAAAGAUAUUUAAAUAUCUGAUUGACAUUAUCUCUCUCAUUGACAUUGACGAAACGCAAUCUCUGAGCGGCCGGACUUUAGUCUACUUUACUUUAGACUAAUGGACUGCUUUAGGAAUCUCAAUAAAUCUCAGUGAAAUAAUGCAUGUAUUAUGUAUGCAAGUACUGAAAAAAUCGUGAUGUAGCUUCCAUAGAUCAACAAUAUAUUUUAUAGUAAUAUUUGUAUUAAUUAAUUAAUCAUAUCAAAAUUACUAAAUCAGUUUAAACAUAAAUUGUCAAUUAUAUUGCGUAGUGUGUGGACCAUAUUAUAUUGAUGAAUAUUGUUGACAGUUCGGUAUGGACAAUAUUAUUGACAGUUCUGUAUUGACAAUAUUAUUGACAGUUCUGUAUAGACAAUAUUUUUGACAGUUCUGUAUUGACAAUAUUAGUGAUUGUUCUGAAUUGACAAUAUUAUCGAUAUUUCUGAGUUGACAAUAUUAUUGACAGUUCUGUAUUGAGAAUAUUAUUGACAGUUCUGUAUUGAGAAUAUUAUUCACAGUUCUGGAUAGACAAUAUUAUUGACAGUUCAGUAUGGACAAUAUUAUUGAUAGUUCUGAAUUGACUAUAUUAUUGACAGUUCUGUAUUGACAAUAUUAUUAUGUAAGAUGCGUCUAGAAUAACGUUACAGGGACGGGAGGGAUAAUAUGACAAGUAGAUUAUGUUUUGGAAUAAGUAGAAAAUAAAUGACUUAAAUGUAUUCCGUCCAAAAAACUUUAAAAAUGUUUUCAUUUUUAUAUGUAGCAUAACGUUUUAUUUAUUUGUGUUUUAGUUUUAUCUAUUAUUAUUUUUACUGCGAUUUGAGGAUUUUAAAGGUUAUUUUUUUAAUAUAUUUUUUAUUUAUAUAUAAUAGUAAUAUUAUGUUGUGUUGCCAGUAAAAAAAUGUACAUUCCGUCUUAAUAAUAUUUAGUAUCAUAUUCUGCUAGGUGCGCUGACUGAAAUUGUGAACGAAUAUGAGCUUUAAUACACGGGAGAAUUGAGUUCAUUUUACUUUAACCAUACCAUAUAUUAUACAAUACCUUGUCGGUCAUAAAUGAAUAUAGUAUAGUAUGGUAGAAUCUUUACAAAUAGUCAACUGACGUGUCAAAAGUGCUUGUAAAUUGAGCCUACUUGAAAUAAAUGAAUUUUGAUUUUGAUUUUGAUUUAUAUUAGGACAAUACAUCACUAUCUAGCUCGAAGGUAAGCUAGCCUAUGUUAUGUGUACUAGCGGACGCCCGCGACUCCGUCCACCUUUAGACCUCCCUACUCCGGCGUCCUCGUAAAAUCCAUUCUUAGCGGACCUUUACUAUCUAUAAACUACCUCCCUGCCAAAUUUCAUUUUUGUACGUCAAGCGGUUUUUGAGAUUUCGUGAUGAAUUCUUUACAUUUAUAUUGUAAGAUACAUAAAUCCACACAGAUACUAGAAAACUCCUGUGCUCAUCACACAAAAAAAUUCCAGUUGUGGGAGUCGAACCCACGACUGUGGCUGCAGAAAGCAGGGUCUCUAACCACUGCGCCAUGCAGCUGUCAUUGACAAGUUAAUAGAAAAAAUUACAAGAUGGAGGUCCUGGGUUCGAUCCCCGGCAUGGCCGAUUGAGGUUGUCUUAAUUGGUCCAGGUCUGGCUGGCGGCUAGUUACCACCCCACCGACAAAGACGUACCACCAAGCGAUUUAGCGUUCCGGUACGAUGUCUAGAAACCGAAAGGGGUGUCAUUUUCAUCCUACUCCUAACAAGUUAGCCCGCUUUCAUCUUAGAUAGCAUCAUCACUUACCAUCAGGAGAAAUUGUAGUCAAGGGCUAAUUUGUAAAGAAUAAAAAAGAGGAUCAACAGAAGUGAUAACUUAAACCUGCUGCCGUAUGCGUGAUAGAAAAGACAGAGUGACGCGUUACGAUACGUAGCAGUUAACCCACCCAUCAGAAGUUAUUACUUUAAAAAUCAUAUAUCUACGAGUAUGUAUGACAAUGCUAGUUUUGUGCAUUUAUUUGUAUGUAAAUAAGACUCAUUAAAAUUAAUGCAAUUCAAGAAUCUCGCUGUAUGAUUUAUAUUUGUAUGAAUAUUGUUUAUGUAAUCCGUCCAUUGUGUAUUUUACAUUAAUGAUUACUAAGUCUGACGACUGUUUGUGUGUGCCUCGAAUACUUACCAAUAAAAUGUAGAUUUUUAUAAGC